GAGAAUAUCUUGAUGAUUUCCAAGAAUGCCAGUUGUGUGAAGCAUCCUGUCAGAAGUGCAUUGGACCUGAGCCAGACAACUGCAUCAGCUGCCCACUCACAAGAGUCUUUGAUGAUGGUCACUGUGUUAUGCAAUGCCCCAGAGGAAAGUUUGAAUUCAAAGGACAAUGUCAUUUAUGCCAUCAUACCUGCCUGGACUGCAGUGGAAGUGAACCUAACAAAUGCACCGCUUGUGGAAUGGACAGAAGAGGGAUCGAACUUUUCCUGUAUCAUGGGGAAUGCAGAGAGAGCUGUCCUCCAGGUCACUACCAUUCAGAGCAUACUUGCAUGGCUUGCUUAGGCCACUGUGAAGUGUGCCUGAACUCCAGCCACUGCAAAAGAUGUUUCAGAGGAUACUACCUUACUCAAAACAUGUGUCAGAAGCAUAGCUGCAGAGAAGGUGAAGUGGAAGAUCCUGACGAUGAAGAUUGCAUACCGUGUUCAGAUGGAUGCCAGAACUGCAAAUUGGGUAAAUAUUCCCUUUAUGAACCUUUAUUCUUAUUCCUAAGGUAUGAGCAACGUUGCUAUAAAUACUGCCCAGAAAAUACCUACAGAGAUGAAAGUUCUCUGCAGUGCAGAGAGUGUCCUAGCAACUGUGACAGCUGUGACAAGGACAAGUGUGACUCAUGUAAGGAAGGCUUUUAUCUGUCAGAUGGCACAUGUGUGAGUGAGUGUGGAGAUGGCUUUUUCACUGAUGACAUCUCUAGAGAAUGCGAACCUUGCCACAGGAGCUGUGCAACCUGUGUUGGGUACAGCUAUGACAACUGUACUGGGUGCAAAACCAGUUUCCAGCUAUCUCAUGGGCAGUGUCUGAAUCCAAGAAAUUCUCCACCCAAUGGGAAGUUCUGGAGUGAUGAAAAACAAAAAUUGCAGUCCUGCAACCCUUCAUGCAGGACCUGUGAGAAAUCUGCUGAUGUAUGUACUUCAUGUCCAGAAGGUAAGAGACUUCAGCUUCUUUGGGAAAAUUUCUUAUCCAUGAUACCUGUGUUUCUCUGUGCCCUCAAAAAACUUUUGGCAAUGUUGCAAGUGGAAAGUGCGAAAUAUGCAUGGACGGCUGUGAGGGGAUAUUUUAAUGAUUCUGAGACUUGCAAGGAAUGCAGUGGAUCCUGUAAGACAUGCACAGGAAGUGCAAACAAAUGCCUGUCCUGUAAAAGUCCUUUGCUUCUGGAGCAGUGGAAAUGUAAACCGACCUGUUCAGAGAAGCAUUUCGCCUCUGAAGGAAUCUGCAAACACUGCCCUGAAAUGUGCCAGGAGUGCAUUCACGAUCAAACAUGCAAAGAGUGCAUGGACGAGUUCUUCCUGCACGAAGGGAAGUGUGUGCAGGACUGCCCUUCUCACUUCUAUGCUGAAGACAAGCACUGCUUUCCCUGCCAUGCAGACUGCAGGGAUUGUGACGGGCCUGACUCAGACGACUGUACCAAGUGCACCAUCGACUUCUUCGUCAUUUACGGUGGCAUGUGUUUUGAAGAGUGCCCUGAAGGGACCUACUAUGAAGAAGCUACUGAAGACUGUCAAGCAUGCAACAGGACAUGCCAGACUUGUUCUUCUUCCACUGCCUGCCUUACUUGCAGAAAUGGCCUGAUGCUGAACCAUGACGGGCAGUGUGUGGCAUCUGGAUAUUGCUCUCGCACUGAGUACUAUGUUGAGAAAACUCAGACCUGCAAGCGUUGUCAUAAAAAAUGCUUCCACUGCUCAGGACCCACGGAACACCAGUGUUUUAGCUGUGCGAAUAACCACUACCUUCUCAAUACAACUUGUGUUGAAACAUGUCCAGAUGGGUAUUAUGUUGACAGCAAUGAGAGACAAUGUUCCCCAUGCCACAGCGCCUGUGCCACCUGCAUCGGGAAACACAGCUCACAGUGCCUUUCCUGCAAUCCAGGCUGGUACAGACAAGGAAAAGGAUGCGUAAACCAGUGUCCAGCAGGGUAUUUUGCUCAAAACUCCACUGGAUCAUGUGAGAGAUGCCACAAGGGUUGUAAGGAGUGUAUGGGGCCUCAACCCACAGACUGUCUUUUCUGUGAUACAUAUUUCUACCUGUUGCGUUCCAAGAAUGAAUGCGUUAGCUCUUGUCCAGAGUAUUACUAUGAAAGCAAGGACAACAAUGUCUGUGAAAGAUGCCACCCUUCCUGCCGAACUUGUGAAGGGAAGGGGGCAUUCAGCUGCACAUCUUGUGUAUGGAGCUACAGUUUAUCAGGUGGAAUGUGCAACUCAGACUGUUUUGUAGGUGAAUACAAAGUCCAGGAGACGGCAGGACAAGAGCCCAAGUGUGAGAGAUGUGACAGCUCAUGCACCGAGUGCAAGGGACCUGGGCCUCUCAACUGCACGGUCUGUCCGGCCAGCACGCAGCUCUACCUGGAGGAAAGCCGCUGCCUGCCCUGCUGCAGUGACUCUGACCUGGCAGGCAUCCCAGAGUGCUGUGACUGCAGGGAAACACAAGAUGACUGUGUAUUACGGACCACCCUACCACCCGAGAGCAAAAGCAAAACUGCUUUCUUUGUUAUUACCUGCAUUUUGCUUCUCCUUGUCAUUGGAGCCAUUGUAUUCAUCUGGAGAAAAUCACGAGCCAAAACCCGGUCUGUCAACAAAGGUGGGUAUGAGAAGCUGACAAAUCACUCCAAAACUUUUCCUUCCUAUGUGAGGAACUACCACGAGAGUCCCAGUUACCAGGAAGAUCAAGUGAUUGAGUAUAGAGAUCGAGAUAAUGAAGAUGAUGACGAAGAAGAUGACAUUGUAUAUAUGGGCCAGGAUGGCACGAUCUAUCGCAAAUUUAAAUAUGGACUUUUGGAGGAUGAUGAAGAAGAUGAGCUUGAAUAUGAUGAUGAAAGUUAUUCAUUUAGAUAA